AUGGCUACAAGGAAUGACACACAUGUGUCUGACUUCAUCCUUAUGGGAUUGACAGAUUCAGAAGCAAUCCAGAGGAUCCUGUUUAUGCUUUUUCUCCUGAUCUACCUGAUAACUGUGCUGGGCAAUGCAGGGAUGAUAUUGAUAAUCCACCUGGAUCUCCAGCUUCACACCCCCAUGUACUUUUUCCUCAGCCACCUGUCAUUCCUUGACCUCAGUUACUCAACUGUCAUCACACCUCAAACCUUAGGGAACUUACUGACAUCCACCAAGUACAUUUCCUACAUGAACUGCUUCACUCAGACGUAUUUCUUUGUCUUCUUGGCUGGUGCUGAAUGUUGUCUUCUCUCCUCCAUGGCCUUUGAUCGCCGUGUAGCUAUCUGCAAUCCUCUGCAUUACCCAGUUGUAAUGUCCACAAGAAGCUGCUGUUCCCUAGUUUUUGGAUCUUAUUUCACUGGCUUCUUGGACUCCUUUGUCAAUGUGCUUUGCAUGAGCAGAUUGGAUUUCUGUGAUUCCAAUGUAAUCCAUCACUUUUUCUGUGACAUAUCCCCAAUCUUAGCCUUGUCCUGCACUGACACCCAAAUAACAGAAAUAGUCAUAUUCAUUUUAGGUGGAUCCACACUAGUGGUGUCUCUUACCACGAUAGUAGUGUCUUAUGUGUCUAUCCUGUCUACUAUCCUGAAAAUUACUUCCACGUCAGGAAAGCAAAAAGCCUUCUCUACCUGUGCCUCCCACCUCCUGGGUGUCACCAUCUUUUAUGGCACUAUGAUAUUUACUUAUUUAAAGCCAAGUAAGUCCUACUCCUUGGGAAGGGAUCAAGUGGCUUCUGUUUUUUAUACUAUUGUCAUCCCCAUGCUGAAUCCACUCAUUUACAGUCUUAGAAACAAAGAAGUAAAAAAUGCUUUCAUUAGAGUCAUGCAGAAAACAGUGGGCUCCAGGCAAUUGAAAUGA